UUUAUGUAUCGAAAUUUACCAGUUUUUCUUUUAUAGCUCUAGACAUGAAAAUUUUGUCAUCACAUUUCGGUAUUUUGUACAAUUUUUACUAGGAUGUGCCUUUGCCCACCUAUUGUAUUCAAGAUCGCACUGCUGCUAUCAAUCGGCACAAACAUAGCACUUACUAGCAUGGAAAUGUAUAAUAAUAGCGAUUCCAAGCAGGUUAUACUAACCGUAAACCUGGUGGCCUGCUUCAUUGCGCUUCUUUUCCUGGCCCUGGGUGUUUAUGGAGCGAUUAUGAACCACAUCGUAAUUAUUAAGAUGCUGAUGGUCGUUUUGGUGGUGUUCUGUUUGUUUAAGAUAGUUAUGUGGAUAGUGUGUGCGAAUCUGUCACCAGCUCUGUCAGAUGCCAUCAUUCACAUUUGGUUCAUGGUCAACACGGCGGCUUCGAUAGUCUGCACGGUUUUUGUUGUCAUAUUCUGGAUGCGUCUGCAUGAGCUCACUCGAGAGUUUCAACUGGGCUAUUAGUCGGCGGAGAUCGGAA